UGUGACCACGCCUUCCUCUUUCAGCUCCGGUUUUCCUCGUGAAAAAUUGUCAUUUUAGUGUACUUCUUUGUAGACAGUUUGUGGACAAAGUACAGCUCAUAAUGGCCAGUUCUAAGCCUGAUUUGCCUCGUGAUGGUACGAUGCAAGUGACUGCCAAGGAAGGAAUUGCUAUGCUAAAAGCUGCAGGAAAAGAUACUCUACUCGAGAUGCAAGGGUUGAAAGAACCAGAAAACGAUAAACCUACUGUCAAUAGAGAAACAACAAUGCAGGUUACGGCUAAGGAAGGUCAGAGUUUGCUUGCAGGAUCAAGUCUUGACCCUGAUGCCUCAACAAGGGGCCAGCAGAAGAAGCUUGAGGAAAUAGCAGAAGAAGAAGCCCCGGCCCCGAAGAAACCUCGCAUGUCUAAGCUACAAUCUAUGGUGAAACACGUCUCAGAAGCAAAGACUCUACUGGGUGCUGGCGCUCCUGAUGCUGACGCUCUUACCCGUGGCCAGCAGAAAAAGAUACAAGAUAUUCAAGCUGAGAAGCCAUCACCAAAAAAACCAAAAAUGUCAAAGAACACAACAAUGGCUGCAACUGCUAAAGAGGGAACUGCAAUUCUUGAAGGUGAAAAAUUAGGGGACACUCGUCAAGAGACUAAAUCAAAAGCAAGCCGUCCAGCUGGACCUAAACGCUCCAGAACUAUACAGAAAACAAUGGAAGAAGCACAGUAUGUGUUAAAUACAGACAAAGUAGAUCUCACUGAGGGUCGGCGAACAAGAUCAGCCAGUAAACCAAAACCAGCAAUGAAAAAAGCUGGAACAAUGCAAGUCACUGCUAAGGAGGGUAAGGAAUUUCUCCAACGUGGAAAGAAAGGCAGGAAAGCUGCGGAGAAGAAAUCUGAGGAAACUAUAGACGAAGACGAGGGCAGCGACAACGAGUAAAUGGCCGGAAUCAACAUUUUAAAUAAAAAGUUUCAAACUGAUUCUGAAAUGUUUCCGUAGUGGCAAGUUAAGAUUUUAUAGUAGGUGCUACACUGGUAAAAUGAAUGGAAUUUCUUACUGAAAUUGUUGAUACUUAGUACAAUAUUACAGAAAAUUUAUGAUAUGCUGUGUGUAACUGAUUUAUUACUAAUUAUCCUGUGCUUUAUUAAAUUGUAACUGUGUUCAUAUUAAAUAAGUUACUGUUACUUGUUACGAAUGCUAAGGAACGAUAUGCACUAAGGAUAUAUAUGAUGAUCAUUGAAUUAUUAAAUAUGUACGACUGGGUCUGUUGGAUAUAAGUUUCUUACUUGCCAUUUUUUUUUUUUUAGAAAAAAAAGGCAAAUUAAUAAAAUUUGAUUUACUGUU